AUGGACGAUAAUUCAUCUUCAUUUAUUCAAUUACAUCGUGAUGAUUCUGGCUAUGGUUCUCCAGUACUUAAUCAUGAAUUUUUAAGUCCACACCAAUCUUCAUCAAAUUAUUAUUCUUAUCAACAUACUUAUCAUCCACAUAUUACUUACUCAAAUAAUUCAUUUCAUAUGUAUGAUCAAUUAACUGGAAAUAAUAAUAUGUAUAGUACUAUCGAUUCAUCGAUGACAUUACCUGUUGAACAACUAGCUGCUCCAAAAAUUGAUUUAUGUACAUCACCAUUACCUAUGUGUACAAAUUCAGCAUCAACGACUCCAUCAAAAGAAUCAACAAAUAACAAUAUUUGUCCUUCGUAUGAAUAUAAAAUCAAUUGGGGUAUUCCACCACAAGGUCGUCGUCGCCGACAACGAACUGUAUUUACACAAAGUAAUGUUCAACAACUUGAUAGUGUAUUUAUGCAUAAUCAAUAUCCAGAUAUUGAAUUACGUGAACAACUUGCUGCUCAAAUGGGUGUUCCAGAAUCACGCAUUCAGGUUUGGUUCAAAAAUCGACGAACACGUGCACGCACAGCACAUCGGCAACAACUUAAACUGUCCGAAUCAUCUUCAUCCCAUUAA